GCUGCUUCUUGGUACACAAAGCUUUGAAGCGUUCAUGUGGGUAUGGCGACGGACACUGCGGCAGUGGGCAGUGUGGCGAGGACCCUGUGGAGUGUUACCACUAGCUAGUCACCAUCUGAUGAUGGCAUUUGGCGGCUCCAGUCUCGUUCAUGAUCGUUUCUGGUGGGCCAGGGUUGUAUUGCAGGGGAUGGCUCUGUUGAACAUGUGCCGGUAUCACGCUCCCUUGCAAGGGUGCUACAAUGGCAAUUAAUAUAAAAGUAUCGACUGCUCACCAUUAACGAUCGAUCAUCACCAACCAUCACAUCUACUUUGCUAUAUAUCAUCACAAAAGCUGCAACCUUCCAACUUCUCAAAAACAACAACACCACCGAUACAUCACAUCGAUACCAACACCAGUCCACUCACAAUGCAAUACUCUACAC